AAGAACGAGAAGGGAAGAGGAAGGCACUCCGGUGUGGUAUAAAGCCGCCUCCGAUCCGGCCCGACUCCGCAUUGCACCCUUUAACGCGCGCUUGCAAUUUGAGUUAAUUUUUGCAAGCGAAACGAGAAGCAGGAAGAACCGCCUCCUUGCAAAUCACGGGGGAGCCGUGAGCGACGGCGCGCGGCGGCCAAUCAACGAGCGCGGCCCGGGCCGAAAGAGGCGGGCUUAGAGAACAACCUGGGCAUUCCAAGCAAGGAGGCGAAGUGGCGGCCGGCAGAGAGCGGCGGCGGGAGGGGGAGAAGGUUCCGAGAACGGCGGCCGGCGCCAGGCUUUUCUAGCGAGGGGUGGGGGAGAAGAGAAUCUGGCGCGGCUCGGAAGAGCCCCGGAAACUGGGAGAUUAUGGGUUCGAAUCCCACUUGGGGAAGAGUUUGGGUUUAGAAGGGAGGGGAGUUAGUUUAAAAGUUUCGGGGUACGGGGGUGAGUCCGGCUCUUGGAAGUGACUCCCCCUUCGUUAUUUAGUUCCUAAGAGAGGAUCUGAGCAGCCAAGGAGCUUGGAAGUUGCCUGGAGUAGUAGGGAGGAAGGGUUGGAGGAGGGUGCUAAAACUGGGUGAAGGUAGUAGGGGAACCCCAAAGGUUCCUGGGUCCCUAAGGGAGAGGACAUUGGAGGGGGACUUAGUAAGGGUUAGUUAGGGGGAGAUAUUUUCAUUUGGGUCACCCAACAGGAGAAGUUGAGUAAGGAGUUGGCCAACCAGCAAUGCAAAAGGCUGAGUCCAAUGAGAGGAGCCCGCUCUUGGAGCCCAAUGUUCGGUCGCCUGUCUCCUUCCCUGCGGCCAACGUCUUCCAUGGACGGCGCUUGGCAUGUGCUGCGGUGCUUCUAGCGGAGCUGCUGGAGAGGGUGGCCUUCUAUGGCAUCACCUCAAACUUGGUGCUCUUCCUCAAUGGGACUCCUUACAACUGGGAAGGCGCCCAAGCCAGCCAGGCCCUUCUUCUCUUCAUGGGCAUCACCUACCUGGUCUCUCCUUUUGGGGGCUGGCUGGCCGACGCCCUAUUGGGCAAGUUCCCCACCAUCUUGGUCAGCAUGGCGGUCUACCUCUUGGGCAUGCUAGCUUUCCCUGCCAUGGCCAUCACUCCCAGCCGUCAAUGGCUCUGUGGGGAGCUUCAUCCAUGGCCCAUUGAGAACUGCUCAUCGCCUCUGCAGAGCAAUACCACAUCUGCCCCAUGCCCAUCACAAGGAACCAUGCGCUACUGUCUCAUCGCCUCCUAUGUCGGCUUGGUGUUGGUUGGGCUGAGCGUGGGCUCCGUGAAGGCCAACAUCACCCCCUUCGGAGCUGAUCAGGUGAAGGAUCGCGGUCCGGAAGCCACACGGCGUUUCUUUAACUGGUUUUACUGGAGCAUCAAUUUGGGAGCCAUCCUCUCCCUGGGAGGCAUCGCAUACAUCCAGCAGAAUCUCAGUUUUGCCAUUGGCUACAUCAUCCCCACGGUUUGCAUCGGGGUCUCCUUUGUGGUCUUCCUGUGUGGCCAGAGCGUCUUCAUCACCAAGCCGCCCGAUGGCAGCGCCUUCACCGACAUGUUCAGAAUCCUGGCUUAUUCUUGCUGUAACCGAAAGCAACCAGAGCAGUUUUCUGGUCCUAGGGGGAGCCAAGGGAUCCUUCACCCAUCUCAGGCUUCCAAGGAUAGCCUUUUUGAAGCGGCCAAGGCCUCCCAUGGGGGCCCUUUCCGAGAAGACAAAGUGGAAGACGUCAAGGCCUUGGUCAAAAUCAUCCCCGUCUUUUUGGCUCUCAUCCCAUAUUGGACGGUCUACUUCCAGAUGCAGACCACCUAUGUCCUCCAGAGCCUCCACCUGAGAAUUCCACAAUUUUCCAACAGCACGUCAAACGGCACCACGCACGCCCACACGUUCCCUGCGGCUUGGCUGACCAUGUUUGAUGCUGUGCUCAUCCUCAUCCUCAUCCCCCUUAAAGACAAAGUGGUGGACCCCAUCUUGAAGAAGAAGGGGCUUCUUCCUUCCUCGCUGAAGAGAAUCGCCUUUGGGAUGUUCUUCGUCAUGUGCUCUGCAUUCGCUGCAGGGAUAUUGGAAAGUGACCGGCUGAGGAGAGUCAAGACCAAAACCAUUGAUCAGAAGAUUGGGACGGCUGUCUACCAUGCAGCCGACAUGUCCGUCUGGUGGCAGGUCCCUCAGUAUAUUUUGAUCGGAAUCAGCGAAAUCUUAGCCAGCAUUGCAGGUUUGGAAUUCGCCUACUCUGCGGCUCCGAAAUCGAUGCAAAGUGCAAUAAUGGGCCUCUUCUUCUUUUUUUCUGGAAUCGGGUCUUUCGUGGGCUCGGGACUCCUGGAGUUGGUGUCCCUCAAAUCAAUCGGUUGGAUGAGCAACCACACCGAUUUGGGGAAUAUCAACGGUUGCCAUUUAAACUACUACUUCUUCCUCCUGGCGGUGAUCCAGGGUGUCACUCUGCUGCUUUUUCUCAUCGUGUCUGUCAAAUACGACCGCCAGAAGUCGAGGACGAAUGCCGGACGGACUUGACGUGACCUGUAACAGAAGACAACCAAAGUCGUGGGGAUCGGGAGAUGUUGCUGACCCAGCAGGAAACAGCCAUCCGGAGGGACAUUUUUCUUGCAUGAUUUUUGACUUCUAGGUUGCCUCCCUCCCUGCUUUUACCAACCACCUCCCCCCCGCCCCACCUCCCCCGCUAAAGCAGAGAGUGCUAGCAAACUAAUUUUACAGGCUGCAUCCUGUGAUGCAGGCUAGACGUUAUCGAAGGUAACCAGGUUUCUCUGAUGCUUCUUCCCACCCGUCUGCUCAAGCCACAAAGUUGCCUUUGGAACCCGAAAUAACAGACCCAGAAGCAUUUCAACUUCCCUUUCAGUGUGACAGGCAGACAGAACUGCAAAAUGGAUAACGUCAGAUCCCUGGCUUGGAAAUCAUUUUGUUUCUCCCCUGGAUGCCUUUCCGAGGUUCAUAGGUAAAGGUGCGGACGGAAAGUCAGGUUUGUGAGUUGCUGUGCAUCGAACUUUCUCUCUCCGCAAACACGCAAACACACCGGUAGUCCACGUGGGUAGGACUUCAAAGCUCUACCAACAGUUCUGGCAUUAUGGCUGGGGAUCAUAGAUCAUUUAGUCCAAGCUAUGAAGAGGUCUAGUUAGACAAUAAAGGAUAUUUUUUAAGCUACUGCAGGUUUUGGGGAAAUGUUUGGUUUGGUUUUAUGUUAGCAAUUAUUUGGGAGUGUGAAACUGGUUUGGCAUCAUAUUUUUGCCCGUUUCCUGACCCGCCCUCCCUUCCUCCCUCCAUUCCUUCUUUUCUCCCUCCCUCCCUAUAUUUCUUCCUCCUCCCUCUUUCUCCUUGCUUCCCUCCCUCUAUUCCUUUUUUCUACCUUCCUUCCCUCCGUCCCUAUAUUCUUCCCUUCCUCUCUCGCUCCCUAUAUUCUUUCCUUCCUUCCUCUCUCUUCCUCCUCCUUCCUUCCCUCCUUCCUUUCUUCCUUCCCUCCCUCUAUUCCUUUUUUCCUACCUUCCUCCCUCCCUCCUUCCUCUCUUCCUUCUCUUUGCCAUCCCUCCCUCCCUAUAUUCCUUGCUUGUUUCCUUCCUCUUCCUCCUCCCUCCCUCCCUUCCCAGGUUUUUUUAAAAUAUAUGGGUUGAAAUCAGAUGCAAACAAAGUUCUCAAUUUCUCAUCCGCUUAUGUUUUCCAAGUUGCCUCAGACACACAACCCUGACUCGGCAACCCUUUUAACUAAUUCUUUGCACUGAAUUUUAGAGUCGCCAGAAGGAAGAAACUUUGCUUAUAUUUUUGUUUUUAAAAAAAUCCUGAGAAUUGCUCUUUAAUUCUUAAGCAGGAAGGAAAGGCAGCCCUUCUCUUCUCUUUUAAAAAAUAUCAAAUAUCUUCCUUUAAACUUGUUUACAAAAACUUUGUGAUGUGAGCCUGUGUAAAUAAAUUUUAAAAAAAGGUU